GCAGCUAAGUCUAAGAGAGGCAAAAAGCGAUCAAAGAAGAAACGCAAAGAGUCUUCCAGCUCCUCCUCCUCCAACAGUGAGUCACCCCGUAGUUCACGGUGUGCAAGUAAGAGACGAUCCAAGGAAAAAGGUAGUUGGUCUACUGAACAGGUACUGGAUAUAUUUAAUACCCUUCAAGGGCAUAAGUGCAAGAUAAGUAAUUUAAAUAAUAAUCUUCUCAACAAUGUAAUACCAGAAUUUGAUCCGUCAAGUAAAACUCAGAAUAUCGACUGUUGGGUUAGGAAAGUAAAUGAAUGUGCUUUAAUCUAUGAAUGGGACGAGAAGCAGACCAUACAUUUUGCUCUGCAGAAACUGUCUGGCUUGCCAAAGAAGUGGUUCGAAGCCCUUCCUAGCGUUGUUUUCAAUUGGUCAGAGUGGCAGGACAAACUUACAAGAGCUUUCCCAAAUGAGCAAAAUUAUGGUCGGCUUCUCGAAGAAAUGUUAUCUCGCAGUACUCGUAGUAACGAAAGUUUACGUGAGUACUUCUACGAUAAGUUAACGUUGUUGAACAGAUGUGAAAUAAGAGGCAAAAAGGCCGUCGAUUGUAUUAUCCACGGAAUACUAGAUACAUCUAUUAGAAGCAGUGCACAGGCACUGACUUGUCGCGAACCGGAAGACUUGUUGAAUUUUCUAAGCUCCCAACGUCCUAUGUUAGAAAAUAAAACAUUCAAUAGGAAACGUAGCGAUAAUACGAUAGUUCGAACGGGUAACACUGCAUCAUCCUCAGGCGAAAGUUUGUUAACUUGUUUCAAUUGCCGCUCAAAGGGACACCCUUACCUUCGAUGCCCUAAACCUCUUACGAAAUGUGUAAAAUGCCAUCAGGUAGGCCACAACAGCGAUAAUUGUAAACUAGAGCCGUUGAUCUUGCGAAAUGAGCCUAAACAAAUUUUUAACUAUAUCUACCCUCAGUAACAACAGCGACAAAUUUUACAAAACGGUUAAGGUAAACGAUAAGUCUUUAACUGCAUUUAUUGAUUUCGGCAGUGAAUGUAGUUUAAUCAGGGAAUCUGAUGCUCAAAGUCUGAAUUUAACUAAAAACUCAACGGAGUUGCCAGUAAUCAAAGGGUUCGGGAACUCUAAAGUAUUUCCAGUAUAUAGGACCAACGUCGAUUUGAAAUUAGAUGAAGUUGAGGUUAAUGUAGAGGUACUGGUGGUUAGCAAUCAUUUCCUUCAGUCGGCUUUACUUAUUGGUCAAAAUGUUACUGAACUUCCUUGUGUUACAGUAUUUAAGAAUAGUCGUCAGUUAACUUUUUACCAGAGCCCUGAUAUCGAUACCAUACCAGAGCCGGUAAAAUGUUUGAAGUUAAAUCUUGAUAACGAUACCGACAUUUCAUUAUCACGGUUAGUUGAAGCUACCGCAUCUGACGCUGACUUCUGUGGAGAUAUUUAUAUUGAAGGUUAUUGUAAUGGUGAGCCUAGGAAAGAGCAUUAUUUGCACCAGGGAAUUUAUAGGGUUGUUGAUGGAAAGUGCUAUUUGCCCGUGACAAAUUUAUCUGGUCAAAAUCUCACAUUAUCCAAGAAAUGCCCUAUUGCUAAAGGAACUUGUUUUGUUGAAAAAGAUAGUACCUAUGUAAAUAAAGUAACCAAAAAUAAUUCGGAAUAUGAGCCUUUACUAAUAUCUGACAUAAAUGUUGGUCCCCAAGUUAACAAAGAGGCAUUAGUUAGACUUCAUUCGCUUUUACUCAAUUAUCGAGAUUGCUUUGCAUUUAAUUUAGGAGAAAUAGGUUGUAUCAGCUCAACUAAAAUGAAAAUAGACUUAUUGGAUGACAAACCUGUAGUUUACCGACCGUAUAGAUUAUCCUUUUCGGAAAGAGGUCAGGUUAAGGAGAUAAUAAAUGACUUGUUGCAAAAUGAUAUUAUACAAGAGUCUAAUUCAAAUUAUGAUAUAUAAUAAGUCCUAUUUUAUUGGUAAGGAAGAAAACAGGAGAACAGCGCUUAUGCGUUGAUUAUAGGGCUCUCAAUAGUAAAACGAGGAAGGAUUGUUUCUCUUUGCCGAUAAUCGAUGAUCAAUUAACUAACCUUAGUGGCAAUAGAUUCUUUACAUCGUUAGAUCUGAUUUCUGGGUAUUAUCAGGUGCCGGUGGCGGAAGAGAGUCGUCCAUUGACUGCGUUCGUGACGCCAGAUGGUCAUUAUGAAUUUAAAAGGAUGCCAUUUGGUCUCGCGAAUGCUCCAGCUGUAUUUCAGAGAUCAAUGAAUACAAUGCUGGGUAAUAAACGUGAUGAGUUAGCGUUGGCUUAUUUGGAUGACAUUCUUGUGCCAUCGGUUACCCUGGAGGAGGGAUUUGAGAGGCUAUGAGAUUUCUGCAGAAGGCAUACGUCCUAACGAAAGUAAGAUUCUAGCUGUUAAAGAGUUUCCUGUUCCUCAGAACGUACAUGAAGUCCGUCAGUUUUGGGACUAGCAGGAUAUUUUAGAAAAUUUAUCAAAAGUUUCGGUGAGAUAGCCAGGCCUCUUACCAACUUACUCAAGAAGGGUAAUGUUUUUAAAUGGACAGAUAAAGAAUUUCAUUCGUUUAAUACCUUAAAAGAUAAGUUAAUUGACCGACCAGUUUUAGCUCUAUACAAUGCUAAUUUUGAA